AUGCAGUAUCGCUUUAUCGCAGCUGCGCUGUCCACAGCCAGCCUCUUUGUCGGCACCUAUGCAGCUGACGAUGCUCAAAAGGUCAUCAAGGAUGAUGCAACCGCUGCUUCCAGUGCUGCCCCGAGCUCUACAAGUUCAGGAGUGCCGGAGCUUCCCACAUUCAAGCCCACAAAGCUCAAGGCUCCAUUCCUAGAGCAGUUCACCGACGACUGGGAGACGCGAUGGAAGCCAUCGCAUGCCAAGAAGAACAUGAAGGGAUCUGGAAAGGAUGAGGAGGAGUGGGCUUUCGUCGGCGAGUGGGCCGUCGAGGAGCCUACAGUAUUCAAGGGCAUGGAGGGCGAUAAGGGUCUUGUUGUCAAGAACCCGGCAGCCCACCACGCCAUAUCUGCCAAGUUCCCCAAGAAGAUUGACACCAAGGGCAAGCCUUUGGUGGUUCAGUAUGAGGUCAAGCUUCAGAAGGGCCUCGAGUGCGGUGGCGCCUACAUGAAGCUCCUUAGGGACAACAAGGCUCUUCACCAGGACGAGUUCAGCAACACUACCCCUUACGUGAUCAUGUUCGGUCCCGACAAGUGCGGCCACACCAACAAGGUUCACUUCAUUUUCAACCACAAGAACCCCAAGACGGGCGAAUACGAAGAAAAGCAUCUGAACAGCCCGCCCACCGCUCGCAUCGUUAAGACCACCGAGCUCUACACCCUGAUUGUUCACCCGAACAACACCUUCAUCAUCCAGCAAAAUGGAGAGCAGGUGAAGGAGGGCAGUCUCCUGGAAGACUUUACCCCCGCGGUCAACCCUCCGGCGGAGAUCGACGACGCCAAGGAUAAGAAGCCCGAGGACUGGGUUGACGAGGCGCGUAUCCCUGACCCCGAGGCCAAGAAGCCCGAGGACUGGGACGAGGAUGCCCCGUACGAGAUUGUCGACGAGGAGGCUACCAAGCCCGAGGACUGGCUUGAGGAUGAGCCUUUGAGCAUCCCUGACCCCGAGUCCAAGAAGCCUGAGGACUGGGAUGACGAGGAGGAUGGUGACUGGAUCGCCCCGACUGUUCCCAACCCCAAGUGUGCCGAGGUUUCUGGCUGUGGCCCCUGGACUAAGCCCAUGAUCAAGAACCCGGCCUACAAGGGCAAGUGGACCGCGCCGCUCAUCGACAACCCUGCUUACAAGGGCGAAUGGGCUCCUCGCAAGAUCAAGAACCCUGACUACUUCGAGGACAAGACGCCUGCCAACUUCGAGCCUAUGGGAGCUAUUGGCUUCGAGAUCUGGACCAUGCAAAACGACAUCCUUUUCGACAACAUCUACAUCGGCCACUCAAUCGAGGAGGCCCGCAAGUUCGCCGAGGAGACCUUCUUCGAGAAGCACCCCAUUGAGCAGCUUAUUGAGCUCGCUGAGAAGCCCAAGGAGGAGGAGCAGCCCAAGCCUACUGGCGAGAAGACUCUGAUGGAGGACCCCGUUGCCUACGCUAAGGAGAGGCUUGACCUGUUCCUCAGCAUUGCUAAGGACAGUGUUCCUGAUGCCAUUCGUCUUGUUCCCCAGGUUCCUGCGGCCGCCGCUGCUAUCCUUGUCACCCUGAUUGCCCUCUUUUCGGCUGUUCUCGGCGGUGGCUCGGCUGCCCCGGCCGCUAAGAAGGUUGCUUCGGAUGUCAAGGACAAGGCUAAGGAUGUCAAGGCUUCCGCCGUGGCCACCGGAGCUGAGGUCAAGGAGGGCGCUACCAAGCGUGCCACCCGCAGCCAGCAGUAA